AAAUGCUCAAUUUUUGUCCUGUUUCCUUCUCUCUUUGCAGCCUUCUGUUACGCUUUACAGAUGACACAUUUGACCCAGAGCUCGCAGCAACAAUUGGUGUUGACUUCAAAGUGAAAACCAUCUCAGUGGAUGGAAAUAAGGCUAAGUUAGCCAUUUGGGACACUGCAGGUCAGGAACGGUUCAGAACACUAACUCCCAGCUAUUACAGAGGCGCGCAGGGUGUUAUCUUAGUUUACGAUGUCACAAGAAGAGAUACUUUUGCUAAACUUGACAACUGGCUAACUGAAUUGGAAACAUACUGCACAAGAAAUGAUAUAGUUAAGAUGCUAGUUGGAAACAAAAUUGAUAAGGAAAACAGAGAAGUUGAUAGAAAUGAGGGUCUGAAGUUUGCCCGGAAACAUUCCAUGUUGUUCAUAGAGGCGAGUGCAAAAACCUGUGAUGGUGUACAGUGUGCCUUUGAAGAACUUGUGGAGAAAAUCAUUCAGACUCCUGGACUGUGGGAAAGUGAGAGCCAAAACAGAGGCGUAAAGUUGUCAAACGAGGAAGAGGGCUACAGAAGUGGCUGCGGCGGCUACUGUUCUGUGUUAUAAACUCCGGAAGACUUGUUCUUUUGUGUAUUUAAAUGAAUAGUGAUGUCCUCUGUACACAAACUCAUAUCUGCUAUUUUAGGGACCUUGCAGUUUGCACAUACUUGUGUAUCAUGGCAGUGGACAUUUUUCUAGGAAAAUGUGCUCUGCAGCUUUUUCCAGUUUAGAAGUGUUAUGGUAAGCAUGCCUAAUUUGCAAUUUCCAAGAUCUUUUUACAUGUAGCGCAAGAUAAUAUGUUGCAGGAACAAAUGCACUCACAUUGCAUAAUCUCAUCAUGAAAAUUUUGAGGAAGCGGUUUCAAAUAAGUGUUGGCUGCAUUCUGUCUGACUGUGGUCUUUCACUCAGUUCUGUAGCACUAUUUGAGAUGUGAAAUUUCAAAGAAUGCACAUAGAUACACGUACAGUUUGCACAAUUCAGGGGCAGAUGCUUUUUCUUACCCAGGUUAAUAGCAUGAUUAUACAACCCCUUUUUUCAGCUUAUGAACAACCCCUUUUUUCUAGCUUGUAACUCAUCUCAUUUCAGUUCUGCCCUCUUUGAAGAGGUGCUUCUAAAAUGACUUGGUGUGGAUCAGGAGGGGUGAUUUUUAAAAAAUUGUCACUACAUUGAAUAGACAGACUUUAAAUGGCAUUUUAACCCUAGGAUUUCAGAUGACUGGCUGUUGCCAUGGCUUUUAUGAUGAACCAUAUUGAGGUGGACCUGCAGGAGAAUACUUUUUGGUUAGGAACAUAAUGGAGCUCUCAUUGUGAAUCACUUUGUCAUGCUUUGGUGAAUGCUUUGGAAUAUUAGUAUUGUAAUUUUCUUUGAGUUCGGUUUACUCAGAGAGCUGUUGCUCCUUUGAAAGGCUCAAUCUGAAUGAUUGCUCUGUUUGUGUCUAUUGGUUCUGAAGCUUAAAUGUUAAAAACAUCAUCUGGCUACUUCUGUGUAAAGAAUGUGCUAUUUUUAUUUGAGCUUGCUGAAACAAACAGCCAAUGGCUUCCUUGUUUCAGAGAGCUUGUAAAGACUAAUAAAUUUUUUUCCACAGUAUUCAA